AAUUGCUGGGAGCUGCACGCUCCGGAAACAAUGGGAUUGUGCAGGAAGAUUGUCCAGAGUAAGGCCUCACUCCGCUCCUACCACUUUGGGUUGCUCUUUGUGGCUGCUUUGGCAGUGUUUGCUUUUUACUACUUGGGAUCCAACCAUGAAAAUUUUUCCAGCACCACCAGGAGAAUGAAGGAAAAUCAGGCAGGAAAGAGUUCACAGGGCGACGUUCAGUUGACAGCCAAUCUCAGUGGGAAGAAAGCGGCAGAAUCUCAAGGAAGUCUCCCGUUUGCUAACAGCGAGCCGGAGGAUACAGCGGGGAAACGGACGGUACUGUUUCAUGCUCUAAUGAUGUUUACCAAGGUUGACAAAAACUACGGUCUCCAAGAGAAAUUUACAGUUGCCAUCAAGUCGAUGGUAAAACACGCAGUGUUUAAGGAUGAUGAGGUACUCUGUCUGCAUUUUGUUGCUGAUGUCCCCAGCAAGAAAAUAGGAGAGCCACUUCUACAGCAACUACUGCAAAUCGCAUCCUUUAAAUAUCAGAUUAUAUUCCACGAUGUGGACACCUUGACUCAGAAGUUGUUUCCUGUUGUUGAAGGAAUGCAGAAACAUUUUAGCUCUGGAUCUGGUGCCUAUUAUAGUGAUUCCAUUUUCUUCUUGUCAGUCGCCAUGCACAGAAUCAUGCCUCCAGAAAUGACUCGUAUUGUGCAGUUGGACCUGGAUUUGAAGUACAUGUCUAGCAUCAGGAGUCUGUUUGGGGAGUUUGAGAAGUUCCAGCCAGGAGCUGUGAUAGGGAUCGCCAGAGAAAUGCAGCCUGUUUACAGGCACACCUUCUGGCAGUACCGCAGAGAAAAUCCCAAAACUAAGGUUGGUGAUCCUCCACCGGACGGCCUCCCUGGAUUCAAUAGUGGAGUCAUGCUGCUAAAUUUAGAAGCUAUGCGGCAGUCAGAACGCUACAAUCAACUUCUGAAUAUGGAGAAUGUACGGAAACUCGCAGAAAAGUAUCAUUUUAAAGGUCACCUAGGUGACCAAGAUUUCUUUACCUUGAUCGGAAUGGAGUACAUAGACCUCUUCCACAUUCUGGAUUGCACAAACAACAGACAGCUCUGUACUUGGUGGCGGGAUCACGGUUAUGCUGAGGUCUUUGAUCUGUACUUCAAAUGUGAUGGGCAAGUAAAAAUUUACCAUGGAAACUGCAACACCCCAAUCCCAGAUGACUGAGUAAAUGAAAUAUUUGAAAGUGUUUGCAGAUGCCUUACAAUGCACAAUAUUUUCUAUUGUUAGAAAAAUGUGCUCAUACUACUUGAAAUACUUUUCAUUCAUUAUACCCAUUUUAUAACUUCUAUCUUUAUCCCCUCUCAUUUGUUCUCCCUCCUCUUUCGGGACAGAUUUCAAAACUCUCGUUUUGAGAGAGUCAUUGAAAUGCUAAAUGCACAAAAAUAAAAUAGUGAAAUUUAUCAAAGCCUAGAAAGUACGAAUAAUCAAAAAGUGUGCUAUGUUCUCCUUGUACAUGUUUGCCCAAAAACAAUCAGUAUUUUCUCUACCUGAUUUCCCAUUGUUGCUAGUUUAAGUGACAGAAUAUGGUGCAAUCUUCUUGAUGGACCAUUUUGCUGCAGGAGAAACCAGUGGUUUGAUAUGGAUCCACUUGGUCCUACUCCAUGUGUACCACUGCAUUGCCUGUACAAAUACUUUUUAAAUAUCUACACAUUGAUGACUGAUUUGUAUCAAAUUGUAUUUGUUCUUUACAUCAUGACAUGCACAGAGCAAUUUGCCUUCUUUUGAUUACUUCUUUUGAAACUUGCACCAUGUUAAAUUAAUUCCAAAUAAAGCACCUGAUAUCCUCCAGUUUUCACAUUGGAUACAGUCCACUUUUCUAUAAAGUCCUCUCUGAAUUCAGCAACUGAAUUAAAAGGAAAAAAAGAACUGGAACAUGAAAAGACAGAAGCUAUGUGCCAUCUCUUCCUUUAUAUCUUUAUGCAUGGCCAGGCCUAUUGCAAAUUUUCUCAUACUUGUGGGGCUGGUGACUAAAUUUCAGAAAGAUGGAUUUUCCAUAACAGUAUACAUGAAUUUCAGGCAAAAUUACAAUUCUAAAUCAAUAAAUUCAUCAUUUAAAUGAGUCAUUAAUAGUAAUGACUAUUAAAAAGUGCAAGCUACAGAGCAGCGGGGCAGGUAGUGGCAUUGUGAUAUUGUCACUGGACUAGUAAAGUCACAGUAAUGUGCUGGGAACAUAUGUUUGAAUUCCACCUCAACAGAUGGUGAAAUUUGAAUUUUAGUACGUCUAAUUUUUUUUUCUAAAAUUUCUCUAAUGGUUAACUCAAAAAACAUAUUUUUGCCUUUUUGAUUAAGAAGUACAGCUGAGGGGAGUGGGGAGGUGGAAGAGAGAGAGAGAGAGAGAGAAAAGACUAAGCCCCAAGUGCAGAUCAUUGUGGACUGAGACCAAGUUAAAGUACUGGGUUUAAUAAACACUGACCUUGAUUCACUUCAUUUGGGGUCCAGUCUGAGCUGGCCUUGCCAGAGUUCAUGCAAUAACGGGGUCAGAAGCUGGGUUUUCCUCCUCCUGCAAACUGCUUUGUAUAGAACCAGCCAGUUAACUCACUUAUUCACCCCCUCUCUCAGCCUCCCACUUACCCCUAACUAAUUAUCUGUCCCAUAAGGGACAGCUGUCGUUCACUUUAGAAAUUGUUUUCUUCCAGCCAUGUCUGUAAUGUUUAUGUAGCUUUCUCAUUGUGGUUAACGCAAUAUUUAAAACUCAAUUCCCCAAACGGUUUUGCCUCUUUGAAAAAAGACAAUUGAAGUUACCUUUGUUUAAGUUAUUUCUGUGACCUUGUAAAUUGAGUAAAGCCUUUUUUUUGCAAUACAUGUAAAUGAGCAGUUUUGAUACUGAUUUUCUAUAUGAUUUGUAGGUUUGUUUGUCUAUUCAGAACACAUUAAAUUCAUUACUGGUGGAAAUGAAUGUUGUUUUGUCACUAUCCACCUUAAAACUGGUGAAAGUAAAAGUUGAAAUGCGUAAGAUUUGUACAUUGGUUAAUAAAAUGGGUAAUGUCAGAUUGAUUACAUAAUACGUUGUGCCCAAUCGUCCUUUCUGCCAACUUUCUAUUGUGGCCUGCGGUUCUAUUCAACAGUCACAUAGAUCUAGCUGCUAAACAGACUUUAAAAUGGCUCCACAAAGUGCUAAUGUUGAGACAGCAAACUAUAUUUAAAGGCAGUAGUGAGGUCUGAAUUUGUGUGCCGAGUUACUAAAAGAGUAACUGGCCUAGGGACCAUCAGGUUGAACCUCAUGGAGCUGCACCUCUGUUUGUACCUUUUCACCCUGUUCUGUGCUUCUUCAUGUUCUCCACUCUGUGCACAGGAUGGUGUUCAUUAAUAAAAGGAAAUUAUUGCAGAUGCUGGAAAUCUGAAACAAACAUAGAGAAUACUGAAGAAACUAAGCUGGUCGGCAGGGUCUGUUGAGAGUGAAACAAGAGUUAACAUUUUGAAUCGGAUGAAGCAAAGUGCUGUAAGGUUGAAUAUUAGCCUUUGUCAACACUUCAUCCUGGAGAAACAAAAGAAUUAAAAUGAAUCAUGAAGGAAGCUAUUGAAAUUUUGUGUGAUAUGAAAUUGCAGGGUAAAGUAAUAAUUGAAUUAAAAAUUGAGUUGGAGGGAGGAAAGAGAGAAUGAGCAUAUAGGCAGUUUGUAAAAAAAUGGUUAGAUAUGGACUGUGGUUCUCCUCAGGGUUCUGUUUUGGCACUGCAUGCUGUUUAUAGUGUACAUCCAAUUAAUUGUUGGAUACAGGGCUAGAGGGAUUGGUGUCAAAAUUUAAAGCUAAUACUAGACCAGCUACAAUGAAUAAUUCUAAGCACCCAAGGAAACUGCAAUGGGACAUGAUAAAAUGGCAGAUGAUUUUCAUUAUCAGCAAUAAUUUAAAUGUGGGAAAUUAAGUGAGAUGAAAAAGAAGGUACAAAACACAUUUAAAAACAGUGCAGCAAUUGAAAAAGUCAUGAAGGAAUCUAAUAAAAAAAAAGUGUUUUACAGCAAGAUUGAAUGCUAAUCAUGCUUCCCGAAGGCAAGUGGUGGAAACCUCUUUUUAAUAAAUUAGCAUGCCAUGCACAGUCAGUCAUUAAAACGAAAUUUUGCCAAAUUAAAUUGUACCUUUGAAUUAAGUAUGCAGCAACUGAAAAACACAUGCCUUCAGUAUCAUUACUAAUUAAAGGCGACAUAGAACUGGAAAAGUAAUCUUCCAUCUGGGUUUGAUCUGCUUUCUUAUAUGGAAAGCUUUAAAGAACCAGGGGAAGAGGAGGAAUUAAUGUUUGAGAUCAGGUGGCAGCCACGAGGGAGGGAGGGAUGGAGGCAAAAGCCCCCUGCAGGCUUGUGGGAGACAUAAGGUGUAACUUUAAACUAGACAGGAAGGGUCAAUAUCUCCUGAAGCUAACUCAAGCAAAAUUGUGCAGAAAUCAAGUAUCGUAUGGUAAGGUCAACUGUGAGGUCCUGAGAGUUGAAGAUAGUAGAGGCAAGUUGUGGAUGUUAGAGGGAGGAAUGAGGAUUAGGUUGCCAAAUUGAUGUAUUAGGAAGCAGACAUUUCCAGUUUGCCAAGGUCUAACUGAUGGCGAUAGUCAGAAAGCUCUAGGAUGAAUGACAGUUAUGAGGUGGAUCCAAAGUCACUGAAGGCAGGGCAAGGGCAAUGAAGUGAUUCACCAGAUAGGCCUGAAAUACUUUCAUUGCAUCCUGAUUCCAGUCAGAAUGAGAUCUCUUGAUCACAAUUUUGCUGUGAGAUUCAGGGAUUGCAAACUCCUCACAAACUGCCGAACCAAUACUGCUAAUUACAAGGAGUGGCUACCUACCCACAUCUGUUUGAGUAUGAACAGAACCAGAACUUGACAUUGUGAGGUCAUGGGCUGGUUUUCAAUCCAUCCUUGCUGUAGGAUUGUCCAGAGCUCUCUCCUUGAAAUAUCUAACUGGUGGCCACUAUGUAAUUGCACGUGGCCAGCCACUGUGCCUCCAAGUAGAAAUGCUAUGCCCUUCUGGUCCCACAUUUACGACCCUGAGAAGAUUCUGUUUAAAUAAAUCAGUGGGACAGGAUAGGGUGCAUGAGUGGGCACUGUUGAAAGUAAUGCUGAAAAUUGUGGAGGUAUUCACCACAAUCUCCCUAUCCUCAAAUAGAGGAGAUGGUGCCAGAAAACUUGAGAAUUGUUCAAAAUAUUUGUAAGGAUGAAUCUAGCAAUUGUAGACAUUACAACUGUGUUGGGUGGAAUGGACUGAUAGUUGUCUCAUUAACCCACCAGUCACAGCAUGUGUGCAAAUGGUCAAUAGCUUCUAUUUUGUCCUACGACUGAGUAUAAAAGAGGUUUUCACCAGGCUUCUCUAACAAACUAAAAAGAAUAUGCUUUUUUGUAAUACCAAGUGGCAAACAUUGGUUGACAUCUAAAUUGUAAUCAAGAACUAAAACUAAAUUCCCUUAAUUUCAAACAUAGACACAUUCAAACAACACAAAAAGGCAAUAGUCUCUGCAGAGGUGAAAAGAGUGAAAUAACCUCUCUGUGGGUCAAGGAUCCCCAAAUAAAAAGAUAGAAGGUGAUGACUCUCUCAGUUUACUGGGAUUCCUGUCGAUGAAAUACUGAUGGAAAACCUUCAACUCUGACUGCAAGUAACUAGAUCUGAAUCUUUGGACAGUGAUCCCAGUCCAACUUUUCAGGUUUUAUGAGAUAGCCAGAUAAUAUCAGCUUUGGGCAAAUUUAUUCAAUUCCCAGGCACUUGAGAAAAGGAAAAGGCUGUGAGCUUCUUGGGUGUAAUCUUUACUGACUGCACAGGUAUGUAAAACAGAAAACUAAGUCCAGAAAGGGUUGAUAGGGAGUCAUUAGCUUAGAAGCUGCCCGACCCCCACUUAACUUCCCUUGUGUUUUUGAAAUCAGUUUUGUCCAGUGAUUAGGGCCACAAGCCUCAUCUUUCAUCUCCUUGAAAUCUUUCUUCAAAAAUCACUUAAUUUUCUGCUUUUGUCUGACGUCCCUUGAUCCCUUUAGAUCUAUGUUCAAUAAUCAACUCCUCCUUGAAAUCAUACAAUGCUUUGACUCCUUUCUGUGGCAAAGAAUUUCAUAAGCUUACCACUGUCUUAGUGAAGAAAUUUCUUCUCGUCUCAGUCCUUAAAUGGUUUACCCCACAUUUUUAGAUUGUGAUCCCUGUUUCUGGACUCCCCCGCAAUUGGGAACAUCCUGUAUCUACCCUUUCUAGUCCUGUUAGAAUGUUACAGUCUUUUACGAGUUCUCCACUCAUUUUUCUGAACUCCAGAAAAUAUAAUCCUAACUGAUUCACCUAUGCUCAUACAUUAGUCUCGCUAUCCCAGAAAUCAGUCUGGCAAACCUUCACUGCAAUCCUUCUCUAGGGAGAACAUCCUUCCUCAGAAAAAGAGAUGAAAACCGCACACAAUAUUCCUGGUGUUGUCUUACCAAGGCCCUGCAUAAUUGCAGCAAGACAUCCAUGCUCCUAUACUCAAAUCCUCUCACUCUGAAGGCCAACAUAUUAUUUGCCUUCUUUACCGCCUGCUGUACCUGCCUGCUUAGCUUCAGCAACUGGUGUAUGAGAACACCCAGGUCUUGUUGUGCAUUCGCCUGUCUCAAUUUAUAGCUAUUCAGAUAAUGAACUGCCCUCCUGUCUUUGCUAUCAAAGUAGAUUACCUCACAUUUAUCCAUAUCAUACUGAAUCUGCCAUGCAUUUGCCCAUUCGCUCAAACCUGUGCAAAUCACACUGAAACUUUUCUGCAUCCUACGCACAGCUCCACCCAGCUUUUUGUCAUCUGCAAAUUUGGAAGUGAUAUAUUUAGUUCCCUCAUCUAAAUUAUUCAUAUAUAGUGUGAAUAGCUGUAGUCCUAGCACUGAUCCCUGCAGUACCUACUAAUCAAUGUCUGCCAUUUGAAAAAAAACCUUUAUUCCUAAAUUGCUUUUGCUGAAAGCCAGUUUGUACUUGCUGGAUAAAAGGGGUUCCUUCUGUGGAGUAACCAUUCAUUAUUUCUAUGAAUGGACCAAUGUCACAGAAGAGAGUCCGGUGGGUCCAAGCCAUGUUCUAUUUUCAACCUGUUUUCUUGUUAUGCUAAUUGUAACAACUUCAUUUUGCAGGCAUGAAAUUUAGUUAAUAUUGUACGUCAUUGAUUAAGCAACACAUUGAAUUGAUAGUUGAGAAACCUUGUUCUGUAUAUUAAAUAAUUUGUGACAAAUACAUUUUAACACAGGAGCUGUGAUCAUACUGAGCUGCAAUUGAAUGUCAGGAAGUGUUUUUUUUUGUUGAAGGACUGGGUUUCUAAUAUAUUCUCCAUUAUUGUAUUUCAGUGUAAAAUGCAUUUCUGUGGCCAGUAUCCAUAUGAACUACUUUUAUAUUUCUGUUUAAAAAGGGUAUUUUCUGAAGAAUAAAGCUUUGAUAUGAAGGAGGAUGAAGAAAAA